AUGCAGAGAAACCAGUUGCUGUUGCUGUUGCUGUUGCACCGCUUCGAUUGCUAUGACUCAUUGCCCGUCAUGGCUUCCGCCAACGUCAACCGCCCUACCAACAUCAAGGAGAAGGAUGCCGACAUCAACCGCAAGCUUCAGAUCUACGGCAUCUUCCGCGCCUUCAAGGCCGGCAAGGUCCCCUCUAAUGACCAGAUUGAUGUUGCCUUAAACAGCUUUCUCCAGUCCGAUGUUCUCGCCAAGCCUUCCACCAAACUCUCCGACGAUGGCAAGCUGCUUGUUAAGGACACCCGCGAGGUCGUCAGACUCGCCAAGAACCUGAUCCUCUCCAAGAACGACGGCAACCUCCUCCAGGACUUCAUCUGGCAGACUACCCAGUUUGACCCCAAGUCUGUUCAGGGCCCCAAGGCGCCCGUCACCAAGGACGCCGCUCAGAAGGAUGGAGAGGAGGCUCUCCAGGGCCUGAGAACCCUCGGAACCUUGCUCAUCACCAACGGCCAGUUCCGAAAGCUUCUCAAGGACUCUUCUGUUCUCUUCCGCGACAUGGCUGGUGAUGCCGCCGGUAAUGCCGCCGGCCGCCUCCGUCCCUCGGAGGACGACCUCGCUCAAAUUGACCAGGCUGCCGAGGAUAACACCUGGCAUGAAGCCCCCAAGUUCAGCAAGGCCGACCUUAAGAAGCAGGCCCAAGGUCUCUACAAGGGCAAUGCCAAGCAGGAUGUCCAGGACGUGGCUAACAGCGCCAAGGCUGCCGCUGCUCCCGCUUCUGGUGACGCCCGCGACGCUAACGUCGCUGCUGGCCACAGUGCCGCCAUGUCGACCCUCCAACAGAAGCUCGACAAGAAUGUUGACCCUGAGACCCAGGAGAAAAUCAAGCAGAAGAACGCCGAGCAGCGCCGCAAGGCCAAGGAAUAUUUCAACAAGAAGAUGCCCACUGAGCGCAAGGAUCAGAUCAUCUUCCGCCUCAAGAAGAUGGUUAUCGAAUGCCAGCAACACACCGACUACUCUCAGGCCAUCCAGAGCCUGCUCCGCCUGGCUCGCCAGUAUGGCAAGCAUGGCCAGUCCUACGGCAAGGAGUCUAGUGGCUCUCUCAACCAGGCCCGCAGCGGAUUCGCGGCCGCGGAGGCUGAUCUCCGCACCCUUAUUGAGCGCUUCGCCAACGGCACCUCCACCUCCAACCUCUGGAAGUCCAUCGGUCAGAUUUACGAGGAUGCUCAGAAGGAUUCCGAGCUCAAGGGCUGGUUCAGCAACAUGGACCGCUACAUCAACCGCCUCCUUCUCGAGCAAGGUUACGUUCUAGAAGAGCAGUCCACCAAGGACUGGGAUGUCCUUUACCAGCAGGGUCGUUACCUGCUCCGCGAGAAGUACAAGGCCCAUACCAACAGCGUCAUUGACGAGGUCAAAUUUGUUGGCGACCAGUUCGACAAGGACCCCCAGAACAAGCAGUUCGGUGCUGCUGUCCAGAAGCUGUUCAAGGACCUUGGCAAUGGCUCCGACGGCAAGUCCGAGUUCAAGCCUCACCUUAUCAAGGAUGUCUUUGAUGUCAUUCUGCCCUCUAUCCUCCGCGACAUUGCCUACAUCCCCAUUCCUCGCAUCGAGUAUUCGGACCCCGGCUUUGACGCUGUCAUUGAGAACCUCAUCCUUGAGAGUGAUAACUUCAUGCCCAACGUUGCGGAACUCGUCUCUAACAACAACUGGAAGUGGGGCCGCAAGAACAUUGCCAACCGCAACCAGAAUGUGAUUGACCUCAAAGUGUCGGGCAUCCAGAUGGACUUGCGCGAUGUCAGCUACCACAUUAAGCGCAAGACUGGCUUCCCCAAGGUCACUGACACGGGUGUGGCCGACAUCCUCCUGCCCGGUGAUGGAUUCUCCUUCCGCAUGAAGGUAUCCACCGCUGACAAGAGGGAUUCCCAGAAAUUCUUCAAGGUUGAAAAGGUCGACGUUGACUUCAAGAGUCUGAAUGUCAAGCUCAAGAAGUCCAAGUUCAAGGGUCUCUUCGCCAUCUUCAAGCCUGUUCUGCUCCGUGCUCUCCGCCCCGCUCUGCAAAAGGCAGUUGAGAAGGCCAUCAAGGACAAGUGCAACGACUUCGACCGCACCCUGUACGAGCUCAAGAAGGAGGCUGAACUGGCUGGCGAGAACGUCGGCGAGGACGGCCAGAAGGCCAACUUCUUCAAGCGCUUCUACGACGCCAGCCAGAAGCGCGCCCUCAAGAACAAGCAGGAGCAAGAGAAGCUCAAGAAGAACAAGCCUGAAGACAACAAGAAGAUCAACAUCACCAUGACUGAUGACGAGUCUAUCUUCCCUGGUCUUAAGCUGCCCGGUGGUGUUAGCUCCAAGGCUACCGAGUACAAGCAACUUGCGCUCAAGGGCGAGAAGUGGGAGAGCCCCGUCUUCUCCAUCGGUAAGGCCAGCAAGAGCACGGACAUUCCCACUGCUCCCAAGAUCGUUAACAAGACCCGCGGUGCAGGCAAUGCUGCCCCAAGCGGAAACGGUCUCGGUGCUAGUGGCAACGGACUUGCCAGCGGUAACAGUCUGGCUGCUGGUAGCGGACUCGCCUCUGGCAACGGACUCGCCACUGGCAACGGCCUCUACUCCAAUGGCAAUGGUCUCCGUACCAACGGCAACGGCCUCCACGCCGUCGGCAACGGUCUCGCGAACGGUAACGGCAUCAAGCAGGCCACUGCACCGGCUCUUGAUACCACCAACCCCGUCCGUCUCAGCUAA